ACAUGGUUAGAUAGCACUACAACAGACCUUUUACCUACACCAAAAGAAUACUUUAUCCAUCAUAAACUGAGGAAAAAACACAAGAAAGCAUGGAAAAGUUCAGGUGGGAUAAGUGUUUAUAUAAAGAAUAAAAUUAAAGAAGGUGUAUCAAUACUACCAUCAACAAAUGAAUAUACAGUGUGGUGCAGACUGAACAAGGAUUUCUUCAAUCAACAAAAUGACAUAUACCUAUGCAAUGUCUACAUACCCCCAUCAGGUUCUUCAUAUUAUGACACACAAGAGACAGACCCUUACCAGAUUCUAAAUCAAGAGAUAAACCAAUAUAAACAAAAAGGAUCCAUAUUACUCCAAGGUGACUUCAAUGCCAGAACAGCCAAUCUAACAGACUACAUUGAAGAUGAUGACAAAGACAACAAUCUGCUACCAAUACCAAACUACUAUGUUUCUGACAUACACGCCAAACAAAGACAUAAUAUGGAUAAAAGGAAAAACAAUUUUGGAGAGGAACUUAUAAAUAUCUGCAAAACACAACAGCUGCUCAUCCUAAAUGGCCGAACAAUUGGAGAUAGUUCAGGCCAGUUAACUUGCUAUGAAUGGAAUGGAGCUAGUACUGUGGAUUAUACCAUAAUCGACCAAACAUUAAUACAAAAUGUUAUGAACUUUAAAGUAAAUCCACUUUUACCAGGUCUUGAUCACUGCCAAAUAUCAACCACCAUAAAACUACAUAUACCAAUCUACAAAGAAACGCACACAAAUAUAAACAACACCUUACCUUUAAUGCCUGGACAUUACAAGUGGUCAACAGAAAAUAAAGAAAUAUAUAAAAUAUACCUACAAAUAGGAGAAGGACAACAUAUAAUCAACAACUUCAUAAAGAAAGACUACUCCAAUCACUCAUCUCAAGACAUUGCCACCGAUUUUCAGGAAAUGAUAGACAAGAUAGCAAAGAAUUGCCUCAUUACAAAAUCAAAACCAAGAAAAAUUAAGAAAACACACGCCAGUAAAAAGAAAAACAAUGACAGGCAAUGCAAUAUAAUGAAGAAAGAACUUAUCAAUAUAUCAAAACAAAUGAGAAAAGAUCCAUAUAAUACUGGAAUCAGGACCCAAUACCACAUGAAAAAGAAAAUCUUCAAAAAAUAUGUGAAGCAACUUAAGCAACAGAAAUGGAUUACCUUUCAAAAUAAAAUCAACAUCCUAAAUGAGACUACAACACAACAAGAACUGUGGCAGACAAUACAUGACUACACAAAACAAAACAUCAAAAAUAACGGUAGUAAACAUGUAUCAGAAAAACCAUAUACAGAAUGGAUAAACCACUUUAAAUCUAUCAGCACCAAUUCAAACACUUCAAAGAUCAGACAAGAAGAGAUAAAUACAGCACUAAGAAACAUCGAAAACAUGAAGAAAACAAACGAAUACCUAAACAAGAAAAUAACAUUACAUGAAAUCACUACCGUAUUAAGAAAACUAAAGAAUAGAAAAUCAUCUGGCAUAGAUGGAAUACCACCAGAGAUGUUGAAAUAUGGUAGCCCACUUCUGAGUCAAGCUCUACAAUUAUUAUACAACCAUGUACUUACUACUGAAGAUUACCCACAGCUUUGGAACAUCAAUACAACAACACCUAUCCAUAAGAAAGGCAAUGCAUUAGAUCCAUCAAAUUACCGUGGCAUUUCAACUAGCAGCAAUAUAGGCAAAAUAUUCGCAAUUAUUCUAAAUACAAGACUUAUCAACUUUCUAGAGAAACAGAACAUCAUACACAAAAACCAAGCAGGAUUCAGGAAAGGACACAAAACCAUAGACCACAUAUUAACAAUACACACACUGAUUAAAAAGUAUCAAUCAAGGAACAAAAAUCUGUAUGCAUGUUUCAUAGAUCUCAAGAAAUGCUUUGAUAUAGUAUGGCAAGAUGGACUCCUGUACAAACUACAUAAACACAACAUAAGUGGCCCAAUGUACAACAUCAUUAAAGACAUGUACAGCAGCAUGCAAUUCCAAAACAAACUGGAUGGAAAAAUCUCGCCACUAUUCCAAUUAGAAAAUGGAGUGAAACAAGGCUGCCCCCUGAGCCCAACACUUUUCAAUGUAUUUAUAAAUGAACUAUCAGAAGACCUCAACCUCAACACAGACCAUAUGCCAAAACUCAACAAUAAAGCUAUAUCAAAUCUGAUGUAUGCUGAUGAUAUAGCCCUGCUUUCAAAGUCAAAGUCUGGACUCCAAGCAAACAUCAACUCACUACAACAAUACACAGAGAAAUGGGGCUUGACAGUAAACACGGAAAAGACAAAAACAACGAUGUUCACAAAAAACGGACAUAAAUCAGAGAAUACUUUUUUCACAUACAACAAAACAAUACUACAGAAGACAAAUCAGUUCACAUAUCUGGGCAUCAACAUCAACUCCAAUGGCACCAUGACAAAAACAACACAAAUACUGGCAGAUAAAGCAAAAAAAGCAGAACGUAAUCUAUCAACAAUCUACCCAAAAAACAAGAACAACAUCAGAUUGAAGACCAAACUAUUUGAUACUAUACAACAACCUAUACUAUUAUAUGACUCAGAAAUAUGGGGAAUACAUAUAAACAUACAACAAUGGGACCACACAGACACUGAAAAAUGUCACCUAAGACUCUGUCGCCAGAUAUUAUCCCUAAACAACAAAAGCAGCAACAUCGGAUGUCGAAUGGAAUUAGGAAGACUGCCACUCUUAUCUUUA